UCGUCUGCUGAUUAUACGAGUGUUGACAGACUGUGUAAUGUGUGUGAGCAGAAAAUGGCGGGGCUACACGGUGGUUCUGGGUGGGGUCUUUAUUCACCUGACCCUCGGGACUAUCUAUACGUUCGGAAACAUGACGCCCUAUAUGACAUCCUACAUGAAAAGACAUAAUGUGGACGUGUCCCUGAAUUACGCAGAAAGCACGUGGAUCAACUCGAUUGCUGCCAUGGGCCAAGGGAUGUCCAUGUUUCUGGGCGGGAUCAUGUACCGGGCACUAGGGCCGAAACUCUCCACGCUCAUUGGCGCUUGGUUGGCAAGUGCAGGUGUAGCACUGACUUACUUCACCAUCAAGGUCUCUUUCUACUGGACUCUGUUCACCUACGGAUUUAUGUUCGGGAUCGGGGUUGGGAUAGCUUAUGCCACGCCCAUGGGAUGUGCCAUGAAGUGGCUCCCAGAUAAGGAGGGGUUGGUAAAUGGCUGUGUGGUGGCCGGAUUUGGGGGAGGGGCUUUCAUUUUUGACCAGAUCCAAACAGCGUACAUCAAUCCGCACAACGAGAAGGCUAACUUUGACGAGAAUGGCGAAAAGUAUUUUAAGCAAGACGAUGUAUUAGACAGAGUUCCAUCUUGUUUUCUUAUGCUGGGCGGCUGCUAUGCCGCUAUGCAGUUUAUCGGGGCUAUGUUACUACAGGACCCCACACAACAGUAUCUUCCGCUAAUCAAUUCAAAAGAAUCCCCUGUUUCAGAAGGCAGCCUUGAUCGUAAUGACGAUGGGAGUAAAGAGGACUAUGUAAAUGAGGAGAGAACUCUUACACCGCGGGAGACGCUAAGACAGCCUGAGUUCUACAAACUCUGGUGCAUGUAUUUAUUUAAUGGCCAGGGCAUCAGCUUCAUUUCGUCGCUAUAUAAGGCGUUUGGUCAGACGUUCAUCACAGACGACUACUUUCUGGCGGUGGUGGGAUCCCUAGCGGCCGUCUGUAACGGGGCGGGGCGAAUCAUGUGGGGGGCAUUGGCAGAUAGGUACUGCUUCAAGACUGCCAUGGUCUUCUCUACAGGGUUAUUUUCGUUCUUCAUACUAAGCUUUGAGCUGACCAGUUUAGCGGGGAAAUCGCUGUACCUUAUCUGGGUCUGUUGUCUGUUCUUGUCUUUCUCCGGUAAUUUUUCGCUCCUACCCACUGCAACAGCAAAGGCGUUUGGGAAAACCCACUACGGUGUGAAUUAUGGAAUGGUGUUUACUGCUUCUGUGAUCUCCUCCCCAAUCUCCGCUUUGCUGACGUCCAAACUAAAGGCAGUGGUCCAUUGGUAUGGAAUGUUCUACAUGGUGGCAUUUUUUUCAUUUGUCAGCAUGUGCUUAGCAUGGUCUUUUAAUGUGAAGGAUUCAAAGAACGCUGACAUAUGAUUUGACAAGCGUGGAAGAUGCAUGUGAGAGGGGCAUUACAAUUUGAAAGAUUUUCAGAGGAAAAACGAAGGACUUUCUAUUCAUCUGUUUCAUGUCAAAUAUUUGAGUUGCUCUUCUGUACCAUAUAUGUUGUUUAUUUAUUUGAAUAUUUACAUUUUCCAGUGUCUUUUCCUGUGAUAACACUACGUAUCGAUUUUGUACUACAUAUAACCCAUAACUUCAAAUGGCGUGUAAUUGGGGCGCCAGCCGGGUUUGCUUAUCUAUAUUUUAAUAUUUAAUCGUACAAUGGCUUGAAAUUGUGUACCAAGUGUGGUAGUUUCAUUCAAAUUCAAUAGAAAUAAACGCUGUUAUUGUUUGUCAGAGCGAGAGAGAGAGAGAGAGAGAGAAUUGUCAGCACUGCACAAUCAUGUUGAAAUGAAUAAGAGAGGUGUCAAAUUGUGAUGAAGUCUUACUGUGUGAGAGGGAAGUAUGAUGAUGGUGAUGAUGUCUGCAAGAGAGGUGUCAGAUUAAUUGUGAUGAUGAUGAUGUGUAAUUAUAAGAGGUGUCACAGUGUGAUGAUAAUGUCUCGAGAUGAACGGAGGUGUCAAACUAUGAUGAUGAUGAUGAUGAUAUCAUUUGAGAGAGGUGUCAAAUUUUGGUGUAGAUGAUGAAGGUGGUAAAUCAGAUGUCUGAGUAAGAAAAGCGUCAAAUGAAUUGUGAUGAUGAUGGUGUGCCUGUAUGAGAAGAGGUCACAAACUAUGAGGAGGAGGAGGAGGAGGAUGUCUAUGUGAGAGAAGUGUCAAUUGUGGUGAUGAUGAGGAUGAUGAUGUAAGAUUGUGUGAGAGAAUAUUCUGUGAUAGUUUUUCAUCCAGGUCCUUAAUUUUGUGCUAGACAUAUCCACAUAUUCUAUACUCCCGGACGGUAAUGACAGACUCUAAAAUCUUUUGUUCUUUUUGUCGUCCAUUUUCAACAAUAAUGUUUAUUUUAAAAAUCACACAAAAGGUGACAUAUUGUAAGCAAGAGGGGUUAAGAGAGGUUUCAAAUUUUCGUCAAUAUUGUGUAUCACAAAAUUCUAAUGUUUGUUUAUAAAUGUAGGUACUUAAUUCCAUGCUAUAAAUACUAGUACUUAAUCGAUCUUUGUUACCUUGAGAGGGGAAUGUGAGACUCAAAAAUAAACCUUAUUUACGCU